GAUUUCUGAGCGCUGAAGAGUCCUCUCCUUCCCAGAGUUCCAGAGAGCUGACCAGAGGACCGGGUUACCAUGGCAAUGGCAGACCAGUGGUUUUCUGCAAGUCAGGUAGCAGAGGGAGUACACCUGGUCCGUGAGAGGUUCUACCAUUCCGGUAACCAGGCCAACAUCUGGGUGGUGCAGGGGACAGAACAGGACGUCGUCGUGGAUACAGGGCUGGGUAUACAGAACCUGCGGGGGUUCCUGGAGGACCAGGAGCUGAUUGGGAACAAACCCACCCUGGCAGUGGCCACUCACGUCCACUUUGACCACUCAGGGGGUCUGUAUCAGUUUCCAGAAGUUGCCAUCCACAAGAAUGAGGUUGAAGCCUUAGAAAAGGGCGACAACUUUGAGACUGUGACGUUCUUAUCUGACUCUGAGAUUGUCCCACCUCCCACCAGGAAAUGGAAAGCAAGCAACUACAGAGUCAGAGCUUCUAAGGUAACUCGGACACUUGAGGAAGGUGAUGUCAUUGACCUGGGAGACAGGAGGCUACAGGUGUUACAUGUACCUGGGCACUCACGUGGCUCUAUUGUCCUCCAUGACCAGGUCAACAGACAACUGUUCAGCGGAGAUACGGCCUACAUGGGUUCUCUGAUUGACUGGCUGCCCUACUCCUGUGUGUCAGACUACGUCCAGUCAUGUAGAAGACUACAGGCCCUGGCUCCUGACAUCCACACAGUCUUCCCUGGACACUUUGAGACUUUCAGUGGACAAAGGCUAGAAUCCAUGCUCACUGACUACAUUAAUUCUGCAGGAGUUCUCCACAGAGCAACAGCAGGAGUGAUGGGUGCUCUGUCCUCCAUAGUGUUGAGGGGAAGAAACACUAACAACAUUCCAGCCAAGUGCUGUUUCUAUGGCUGUUGUUGUCACUGCUGUUUGUAGACUUCAGUCAAACACCACGGAUGAGUUGUGCAGUUCAGAAUAGGUUUAACAGCUUGGUUUACAGUUAGCAUUCCUGGUCAUUCUGAACAUCUCUUUUCCUGGGAAGAAAUUGGAAGCGGACUGGAGCAUGUUUGCCAUCAGAA